UGUAGCACAGGCCUCAUGCUCAGCCCCCUGAAGCAGCUCUGCUCUGCUACAGGACUGAGCAAAGGCUCCUCUUUGUUGCCCAUCAGUGCUGCUGAGGUGAAAGAGGUGCACUUGCUGCUGAAGAGACAACAGUUUUUUGAAUUCGUCCAGUGCCCCUUCUGUGACAACAUUGGCAGAUAUGACAGGAUGCCUGUCCCUGCUUCUGCAGGGUUGCAUGCCUUGGAGUACCUGGUGAACCUGAUACCUCAUGCCAGCCACGCCAUGGAGGGAAAGGAAGAGAGGCUCCAGGGACCAACUUGGGAUGGGUGUGCUCUGCGGGUCAGCCAUCUGCACAACAGUAACAAUAACGCAUCUCCAAGGGGCUGGCUGGGCCAGAAGGGCUCCCACUCCCUCUCGCCCUAUGGCUCCAAGUCCUCCACUGCUGGCCGCCGUGAGCUGAGCUACGUGGAGCGUGUGGUGCUGGAGAUUGUGGAGUCAGAGCGCAUGUAUGUGCAGGACCUGCGCAGCAUUGUGGAGAGCUACCUGGGCAAGAUCAUUGAUGUGCGGGAGGAACUGCUACAGCCAGACCAGGUCAGCGCACUCUUUGGGAACAUCGAGGACAUCUAUGAGCUGAGCAGUGAGCUGCUGCACGACCUAGAGAGCUGUGACAACAACCCUGUAGCUGUGGCCAGGUGCUUCGUAGACAGGAGCCAGGAUUUUGACAUCUAUACGCAGUACUGCAACAACUACCCUAACUCAGUGGCGGCACUGACUGAAUGCAUGCAGAACAAGCAACAGGUCAGGUUCUUCCGCGAGUGCCAGGAGCAGAUGCAGCAUGCCUUGCCCUUGGGAGCCUACUUGCUCAAACCUGUCCAGAGGAUUCUUGCCUACUCAUUGUGCCCUCAGGAGAUUGCAAAGCACUUUGACUUGGCAGAGUCGGGCUACGAGGUGGUGGAGGAGGCUAUUGACACCAUGACCUGCGUGGCCUGGUACAUCAACGACAUGAAACGCAAGCAUGAACACGCCGUGCGCCUGCAGGAGAUCCAGUCUCUGCUGCUGAACUGGAAGGGGCCAGACCUGACCACGUAUGGGGAGCUGGUGCUGGAGGGCACCUUCCGCGUUCAGCGGGUCCGCAACGAGCGUACCUUCUUCCUUUUUGACAAGACCCUGCUCAUCACCAAGAAGCGUGGGGACCACUUCAUCUACAAGAGCCACAUCCCGUGUUCCUCCUUGAUGCUGAUUGAGAGCACCCGAGACUCGCUGUGUUUCAGUGUCACUCACUAUAAGCACAGCAAGCAGCAGUACAGCCUUCAGGCCAGGAGCGUGGAGGAGAAGCGGGUGUGGACCCACCACAUCAAGAGGCUCAUCCUGGAGAAUCAUCAUGCCAUAAUUCCCCAGAAGGCCAAGGAAGCCAUCUUGGAAAUGGACUCUUACUACCCACCUCGCUACAGGUGCAGCCCAGAGGGACUGAAGAAAACCAGGUCAAACCAGCCCAUGGAUGAGGUACCAGUGCACAUGCGGCACCUGGCAGGUCGUCGCCAGUCAGAACCUUUCCACUACUGCUCCCGUGCUGAGAAGCUCCCCCAGUACAACGGACCGCAGGGCUGCAUGGUGUCCGGGUGCACUGGCCGCAGGAAGUCUGAGCCAUCCAAACAGAUUCUCAAGCAACUCGGUGCUGAAGGGGCUCCUGCUGACAUCCAUAGGGAGCAAGGUGUUCCAGGAGCCAGGCGACUGCAGGGCUGGCAGCCCUUCCUUGAAGGACUGAAGCAUACAGACAGUGAUGGAGACUUCCUGGACACUGGGGAGCCCUUGCAGCCCCCCAGCAGCGUACAGCAACAGGCUGAGCCUGAGGGGGAUGCAGAGGAGACAGAGGAAGAGGCCUCUGGGAAGGAGGAGGAGCAGGCUGUUGGGAAGAACUCCCUGGAGGAGCUGCCAGGGAGUGACAGCAGCGAGAUGGAAGUGGGGCCUGAGGAGGAGGAGGGCCCAGUGGGAGAGGAGCAGGGCAAGGGACACUGUAUGCCAGCAGGACCCAAGGGUUGCAAGAGGACUGCCAGCCAGUCUCCCAGGAGCUGUGAGAAGCACCACAGCAUGGAGAAGGUAUUGGAUGACCCAGAGGCUGCCACCGACAUGGAGCAUGAAGAAGCUCAGGAGGUGUCACUUAUUCAGGAAGAGUGCCUGGCUCAGACCUGCUCAGACCUGGAGUCGGCUCACACCCCAGAGCUGGUUCUGCCAGCCCAGCACAAAGAAGGGGAAAGGGACCAGCACCCUGACAAUUCAGACCCUGCCACUUCAGAGAAUGCAGAGGAGCUCAAAACCCUGAGUAGUGAGGAGGAGGAUGAUAAUGAAGAUACAGCCCUGCAUCCCCCAAGGAGCAUCCUCCCACCCUCUGUGCUGGACCAGGCCAGCAUCAUUGCUGAGAGAUUUGUCAGCAGUUUCUCCCGGCGUAGCAGCCUGGCACUGGAUGAGGGCAGGGCAUCUACAGGCAUCCCCACCCCCCGACUGGCUCUCCGCAGCAGCAGCAUGCUGAGUCUUGAGGGCAGUGAGAAGGGGCAACGGUGUGGCAGCAGCAGUGAUACCCAGAGCUGCUUCCUGCCUCUGGAGAUGGCAACAGAGGGCCAGCAGCUGCACAGUGCUGCCCGCAGCAGGACUGCCUCACCCAGCUUUCAGGAGCCUGAACGAGCCUCUUGCCGCAGGAAAGAAUCCAUGCUUUCCAAGCAGGACCGGCUCCUGCUGGACAAGAUCAAGAGCUACUAUGACCAGGCCGAGCACCAGGAUGCCAGCUUCAGCAUUAAACGCCGUGAGAGCCUGUCCUACAUCCCCAAGGGGCUGGUCAAAAACUCUGUCUUCCGCAUCGACAGCCUGCCAUGGGCAGCAGCCAGCCAGGAUACUACUAAUGCUGCCCAUGGGAGACUGGGCAGCAGCAUGGCUGACGGCACCAGCAGCAGGACAGCUGCCUGGGUGCUCUCUGGCCUCCCUGCAGCUCCCCUUGGCCAGCCUGAGGCAGGUGGCCCAGCCCCCAUCACUGAUGAGGAGUUCAGGCCACCCUCAGAGAUGAUCAAGGUCUGGGAGGGGAUGGAUAAGCAGAAAGGCAAGUCUUGGAAGGAGCAGUUGGCAGUGGGUAGGGCUGGCACCGCCACUGGCCCCACCUCAGAUGGCACUGAGCAACCCAUGAGUAGGAGCCAGGAAAAUGGCCUGGCCACACGUGAGCCUCUCCUCAUCCUGGAGGACGAUGACCUGAGUGCUAUCACAGAGGAGUCCACUGUGCCUUCACCUGAAAGCAAGUCUCCCACAGAGAGGGCAAUGCCCCCCAGGCUGGUUUGCCACCUGAAGAGGCUGGCACAGGAGCUGGGCACCAGUGAUCUGGGCCAGCCCCCCCUGCUGCACCCGCGCAUCCUGCAGCUCUCACCUGCUGGGGAGGUUGAGCUGUGCGAACGUACCAAGACUCGGGUGUACCAGCUGGCACGCCAGUACAGCUUGCGGAUCAAGAGGCACAAGCCAGUCCUGCAGAGACAUCUCACUGAGCUGGAAGAGGACACAAGGAGCAGUGUGCCCAUCCUGCUGCACCACACACAACCAGAGGCAGAGGAAGAGGAAACAGGUUCCCAGGGCAAGCAGAAGCCAGCGCUAUCCCUCACCUAUGAGCAGGAGGUGAUCCCGGAGCAGAGCCCACUGACCCCACGUUCCACUUCGUCCUCACCCCGGCGUCCCUCUUCCACCAGUUCCUAUCCAGUCUCCCCAACCAGUUUGGCCUCCCACAGUCCACUUAGCCCCAUUCUGGCUGAGAAGUUCAGCUGGCCUGAUGUCCGAGAGCUGCGCUCCAAGUACUCCCUUGGAAAGUCCAGUGAGGCAGGCUUUGGCCCAUGUAGGCCUCCCCCAGUGAACAGGAGCCGCUCAGCACCAGAGAAGAUGGCAGAGGGGCCGACAGGAGCCCUCUCAGGGAAGGCAGGCCGGAGCGGGCGGGCAACGGAGAAAUCGUGGCUGGCAGCUGAGCGGAGCCGGAGUGCUGAGCAGGGCCUGGAGCCCAGCACUGGGAGCCGGCAGCACCAGCGGCAACACAGUGAUGGGGUACUGUAUGUUGCUGCAGAGACCUGCCUGGACAACCAGCAACGUGUGAUUGUGCUGGAGAAGGUGCCACCUGAUGCUGAAAGCUAUGUGCAGAUCCGUUCACCCACCACCCGAGAGAAGCUUUCCCUCAAGGCUGUGGCGGAGCGCUGCAAGGUCUACCAGGAUUUGGAUGGCUGCCCCCAGCAAGAGUGGGAGGAUGAAGAGGGCCAGCCCCAGAGGCCCAUGGUCUGGGACAAGCCAGAUGUUGGUCACCAGGGCCUGGUGAGGAACCUGCGGGAAAAAUUCCAGACCCUGAACUCCACUUGCUGAGUGGGAGCUUGAGACAGAACCUGGAUGGGGCCUAUGUCUGAGCUGGGGGAGACUAGCACCUCUUGUAUAUAAGAACAUCUUCCUCUUUUCCCCACUCCCUCCAGCCAGUACUGGCUUUGCCUGUGUCACUGCAAGCAGAGCCCACACUGGCCUGUGGCUUUGUGGGCUCUGGUAGAUAUUACAUUUAAGGGCAGAUCCUGGGGUAAGGCUGCAUGGAGGGCCAUGACUGUGGCUCAGGUCGACACAGCAUUGUUUUGCACACUGGCACAUCCAAAGCAGCAUGGAGCAAGGCCAGCCCUCUGUGCCUACUGGGAGUACAGCAUUUGGCAACAGUAGCCUGACUGCCACCCAGCCUGCAGGAGGCCUGUAUAUACUAGAAGGCAGGUGUGCACAAACUUCUGUGCAAUAACAGUUGCUGUCGGAGAAUAUGCCUCCCGCCUCUUCCUUGGGAGGGGAAAUUUCUGGGGUUUUGUGCUGGAGGAAUGGGAAGGGAGCAGUGUUGUCUAAUACAUAGAGCACUAGAGACAAACAGAACAUCUACUCCUCAUUCUGCCACUGACCUGCUGAGUGACCUUGGACAAAGUCCCUGCCUCUUUUGCCCACCUCCUCUCUCAUCUGUUUCAGGCAGGCCCUGCCUCUUACACAUGUACAACACUUGGUGCUGACGUAGCAGUGCUGGAGCUCCACUCAGCUGAGACCCCACUGCUCACAGGCUUGUUGGAGCUAGCAAAGGCAGUGACUGCUAGGCCUGCAUAGGUCACGGCUUUCAGUGGGACAAGCUUAGUGCCAGGUGUAGGUGCUGCUGUGCCAUUGCAGCUCAUAUGUGUACUGGGGACAACAAGAGCUUAGUGAAGCUUUUACUGCACCACACAGCAGGAGGAAGCCAGGCUGGACUCAUCCAGGCAUCAGCUGCUUGAGCCUUUGGGUCUAUGGCCCAGCAUCAUCCAAAGGGAGUUGAACCCAGGGUGCCAGAAUAGAGCCCUGCUACACUAGUAUGGGUCAUGUGGGGAGAGCUGCCCUGCGCAGGCUCUCUCUUACCCCACUACAUGAAUUUGGUUGGGGGGAAAGGGAGGCAGAUUCUCCUUACUUGUGCCAGUGUGAGUAAGCGAGCGCUGGAGCUUGUGGUUUGUGCCUCUUUCAGACCCCUGGGGAGGAGAGAAUAGUAAGGUAUUACAUAUAUAUAAAUUUGUAUCCAAGGCCAAAUUAGCCAAAACUAAUUCCAAAUUCAAGAGUCCAGCACCAUAAGUGGCCCUACUACUGGCAAACAUC